AUGAUAAUGCGAGGAUUUUGGCCAUGCAAUGCACUUGUAGAUGCAUGUGGACACACUGAUGAAUCGCCGGAGCAUAUAUCCCGUUCGCCGGAGAUGGGAAUGAUCGGCGAUUUUUCCACCGGCUACCUCGAAGAUGCACUCAUUGAAUUCAGUGUGAAAAGCAAACGGAGACGUCUUUCGUUCAACGCCGAGGACAAGCCAAAUAACCACUUUGACAACUCUCAGAAUAAUUGGGGCCUGUCUGAGAAUUAUAGUUGCACGAGUAGUCAGUUUGCAGAUGAAUCUCCAAAUUCAUCCAUCAAUAUUUGUUCUGACGCUUCAAAUCAUUCGAAAAACUCAGUCGAACCAUCUUCGUCCACUUCAAAGAAGAACGAUUAUGAGAAGAAGAGAGUGGUGUAUCCAUUUGGAGUGGUGAAACCAGGUGGUCGAGAAGAAGAUGUAACCCUGAAUGAUAUAAAUAAGAGGAUUCUCAUGCCAUCGGCUCGGCCGGUUCGGCAUCCGGUUGGAGCCUUUGCAUGUCGUCCAUCUGUCUCUGCUCAUGGACCGGGUCUAUCAGGCAAAGCCGUGGUUGCUUUCACGAAGAUACAAACACUAGGGAGGGGGACAAUCACUAUAAUAAGAACUAAGGGUUGA